GCCGGAAAACUAAAAGCAGACAUAUCGGAAAUUAGUAAGAUUUCGAUUUUAGAAUUGGGAGAUUUUCAAUUAUGGGUUCUGAGCAAAACGACGGCACAAGCUUCUCUCCUUCAGAGCCAAAGCUCUGCGUCAAAGGAUGUGGCUUCUUCGGAUCUCCAUCGAACAUGAACCUCUGCUCCAAAUGCUACCGAGACAUCCGAGCCACGGAGGAACAAACCGCUUCGGCUAAAGCCGCCGUGGAGAAAUCUCUAAACCCUAAUAAACCCAAAAUCCAACCACAACAGAGCCAAGAAAUCACUUCAGGCGUUCUCGAAUCAGGAUCUUCUUCCUCAUCAACAACGAGCGGUGGUGAUUCGGCUGCAGCUCCCUUGGAUCCACCGAAAUCGACGGCUACGAGAUGCUUGAGCUGUAACAAGAAAGUGGGCGUGACGGGUUUCAAGUGUAAGUGUGGGAGCACUUUCUGUGGAACUCAUAGAUAUCCAGAGACUCAUGAGUGCGAAUUCGAUUUCAAAGGAGUCGCGAGAGAAGCCAUUGCUAAGGCUAAUCCUGUGGUGAAGGCUGAUAAGGUUGAGAGGAUAUGAAUUGGUGAAGAAACUGGUGUGUUCUCUUUGUUUUUUUAUAUUAAAGUCUCGUGAUGUUGGUGGUUUGGCUCUUUUUUUCUGUUCUUAUUAUGGUUUGAUUUGCUUUUAGGGUUUCUUAGGAAAGGUUUUAGAUUCUGCUAUUAUGUGGUUUCAUGAUUUGCAACAUUGGAUUUGUUGUUCUGUAAUAAAUUGUUGGUCAUAUCAUAAAAUUGUGUUCUUAUUGGUACCAGCUUACUUCUUCUUACUUGGAGAAGUUGAAUCGUUUGAAGUUUUAGGAUUCUCCUGGUUUGUUUGUAGGAGGAUUAUGAACUAGUUGGGGGUCUUAUAUAGCUUAUGGUGGAUAAAAGUGUGUAGCUUGGUAGUUCUGAAACUAAAGAUGUCGUAUAUAGCUUAUGGUAGAUUCCCCUGGUUUGUUUAUAGUAGACUUAUGAACAAGUUGGGGUUUGUAUAUAGCAUUAUAGCUUAUGGUUGAUAAAGUAUGAAGCUUGGUAGUUAUGAAGCUGACGAUGUUGUUUAGGGUAUCUGUAUAGAAUCAUGGAAGAUCUGGAUGUGUGUUUAGUUUAGGGGUGUUAAUGAAUGAGUCAUUGAUUU